AUCCACCCACAGUCCAUUCUGGAGUGGGUGGAUGCCUGGAGGAGGCUGUGAUCCAAUGAGAGACCUGGUGGAGAGAGGGCCCCUGCUUCCAGGCUGGAGCAGCCUGUCCUUGGAGGACAGCACCCUGUGGAAAGAGAGCCCCAUGUCGCUGCAGUUUUGGGAGGACUGACUGCCUCCAGGGAGGAGUUCACAUUGCAGCAGCUGUGGUAGGGCUUCUACUUGUGGGAAGUGGACCCACAGGAGAAAUUAAUGGAGAACUGUCUCCCACGGGAGAGACCCCACAGCCUCACAGGGGAAGGACUCCUCUCCUGGAGCAGUGGAAGAAAAUCUUGGUGAUGAACUGACCAAACGCCAAUGCCCUGUCUCUCUGUGCUGUUGGUGGGAAGGAGGGAGGGGUUGGGGAAGAAAAGGUGUUUUAAGGGCUUAUUUUACUUCUCAUUAUCCUCCUCUGAUUCUGUUAGUCAUAAAUUAUUCGCUCUGACCAAAUUUUAAAAGGUUUGUCUGGCUUGUAUCCCUUUGUCUACAGCUGACUAAUGGAUGUGCUUGUUUUCUUCCUAAAUCUUCUUAUAUAGCCUUUCUCCUAGGUGAUAUGGGUUUUCUCUUGCAUCUGCUGUACAUUUGCAUCUCUCCUUGUCUUGCAGCUGCAUGUGUCUUCCUCUACAGUGGCACAGAAAUGAAAACUGAGGGAAAUUUAGUAUUGAAACAACUGAAGAUGGAAAGUUGGUCAGUUGAGCAAGUCUGCAACUGGUUGAAACUGAGAAAUUUAGGAGAACUAGUUCCUAAGUUCCGUGAAGAAGAAAUAAGUGGAGCAGCUCUUCUGGCUCUUAAUGAUCGUAUGGUGCAGCAGCUGGUGAAGAAGAUUGGGCACCAGGCAGUGCUGAUGGACCUGAUUAAAAAAUACCAGCAACAGAAGAGUGGGCUGGAAUCCCUCACAUACUGUUGUGAAACAGCUUCUCAAAAAUUUCCAGAAGUAAUCAGUGGGGCUACUGAAAGACAGAUGUUAAUUUCUUCUGGUCCUGUGGAGCAGAAGUAUCUGUGUGCACAUGAAAAUGAAAAAGGACUAAUUGAUCACAGAGCGCUAAAGCAAAAAAAAAACCUGAAAUCAUUUUUUGUGAGACACAAGAUGUUGCAGUGGACAAGUUCUUAUGUUUUGCCAGACUUCCCUUACGAUGUCAAGUGCAUAUUAGCAGAAAAAAAAUGCCCUGAUCACAGUAUGAGAAUAAGAAUUAUUGAAUUUUUACAAGCAGACAUGACAAAAUACCUGGAAGGAUCACUGUAUCCGAACAGUCAGCAAUAUAACAUUGUUGUCAAUGCUCUGCUCCAGGCAUACCCAUUCCUUGAUGAAGAUGGGAAUGGCUUUUUGCUGUGGAAACGGGCCCUUAAAGAUCGUUUCAAAUAUGUGCGGAGACCCAUUGAGGACGACGAGCAAGUCCUGAGGAACAAAUGCAAAUUUGGCCACAGGAGGGGACAGAGCAGAAAAUCUUCUUUUGCUGAAAAUACUCUUGAUGGUGUCCAGGGGCAGGUAGAGGAAGAACCUGUUCAUCUUAAAGGCAGUGCAAUGGAUUUACAUAUUAAGUGGCUUAAUGGAGAAUAUAUGAAAACUCAGAGGAACUGGGAAGAAGUGGAAAACAGAAUGAAUGUGACAAUAGAAAUACGGAGAAAGAUGAUCAGUGAUAAGGCACCUUUAAAAGAUGUUCUUAGACUAUUUCCUUUCUUAAGAUGCCCUUAUCAGCUUUUUAGGGAGUUCCAGCUUCUCACACACAUGGACAUUCAUAAGAAAACAGUCGAGAUUUUGGAGAUUUAUUCAGAAAACAUAUUGUCCUUGUAUGUGGUGAGGAAUAAUCCAAUUAACAUUAUGCUGCAAGAAAAUCUGAAGCAGCACACAGAGGAAGACGUUCUGAAAUAUAUGAAAAUGACUGCUGCAUGUUUGCUCCUGCCAGAAGUCUUUGGAGAUGAUUCCAGUCUGUUUGCUGCAGUGAACGAGGAGGUAAAGGCAGUGACACCAGUGCUGGAAGUGAAAAAUCCCUUCAACGUGAAUUCAUGUGAGUUUGCCCUGUACAUAGAAAGGGAAGAGCUGGCCCAGCUCGAUGACUGCACCAUGGCUCUGGCAGCGCUGGUGGCUGCAUUCCAUGUGUUUGAUAUCCCAUGCCCAAAGAGAAUCCACAGGACACUGAACUUCCUGGAGUCCCUGGUCUUUGAUGUGAAGAGCCCAGCAUCCCUGCCCACCAUGGUAAAGACAGGGCUGGAGACACCCAAGCCUCCAGUACCUGAUGGUGCACCCAGCACUCCUCUCAGGAGCAUGUGAUAUUUUGUCAAAAUAAUUCCCUUUGUGCCAUUCUUUCUAUUCAAAGUGUAUGUAUAUUUAAAAGCUACGUUUAGUAAUGCCCUCCUUUUUUUAUUGUACUGGCUACUUCUAACAAAAAAUUAAAACUCCAGCAAUUUCAUUAUUUUAAAUGUAGAUUUUAGAGCAGUCUAGAGAUAAUAAAAUUUUCUGGAUUACUUUAUGUGUUAUGUAUUAUUUUUCUAUAAGGAGCAUUUGAAAAAUUCAGAUAUUUUGAUUGUAAGAAUUAAAAAAAUUAUGACCCAACAUGAGCAUUUCACUGCUUUAGAUGGUAAUACAGUUAAUAUUUUGAAAUGGCACAAAUUAAAUAUCUACUUAUUACUAUUACUUCAUAAUGUUAUGAUUGCUGAGAGCCUAAUAUAAUAAUUUUAGUGGUUUAAAAUGGUGGGCCUGAUUUUCAAUUUACAGGAUGACGACUUUUGCUGUUUUCUUCUUGCAUGAAACAUUUUGUUUCAACAUUAAUCCUCAAUUUACUAAAUAGGCAUUCUAAGACGAGCUCUCAAAGCAGCAAGAAUGACUUAUCUGGGAUGCUGCCAUGUGCAUUGGUGCUGCAGAGGGAACGUUUCUUUCCAAAUUUGUUUCUCAUUUUCUUUCCAAAUUUGUUCCCUGGAACAAAUCAGCUUUCUCCACGUGGUGACUCUGUAGAAGCCCUCUCCUCUCUUCUUCCGCAGCCUUCUCUCUUUCCCAACACUCCAUUCGUAACUUCUGUGUGAAAAUCCCAAGGGUUGCUGUCUGGCAUUGCAUGGCUUUGGGCAAGUGCCUGGCGAUAGGAACAGCAGCCAGGACUCAUUGCAUUAAUUAGAAAUAAAAACUGGCUUUUUAUUAAAACACUGUGUUCUGUUAGAGACCAAUCUCCCACCAGUUCCAAAAUGUCAGCGUAGGCAAAGCAGCCUCUGUGGUCACGAUGACUCUUUAAACGCUCAAACACACAGCCUGGAAGAUCACAGCAGCUUUGGUAAAUUUUGGCUGUGCAGGGGUGACUCCAAGGCAGUGAUGACAGUGGGAGAUCCUUCAGGAUGAGAGGAGAUGGCUGCAUUUGAUGGCCAAACUCUCCUGCUAUAGGCUUCACAUGGUUCCCAUGGAAUGCAGGGAACCUUUACCAGUGUGAGGGCUGGGCUACCACAGAUACAAAACAAAAACCAAUGCCAUUUCAGAGAUUCAGUAGGUCUGAUGAGUGGUUUUAAUUUCUUUAGUCAACAAAGAAAAUUUGUUGACUGUAGUUUUUGUAACAGAGGUGGCGACACUCAGCUACCUCAUCACAUGGGAUACAAAAGUAAGGAUUAUGUAUGUCCUCAUUAUUGUGAUAGCUGUGUGAAUAAAAAGUUGGGGUCAAGUGAGGUUUAUUCUACAUCUUGUAAACAGUAAUAAUUUAAAUUAAUUUCUUAAACCACAGUACUUUGUAAGUAGUUGUAAAUAAAAAUCCAGGGAGGUGCUAACAUCCCCAGGUGAUUUCUGUUGAGCUGCAGAUCUCUUUGUUGGUUAUCACUGCAGGCUGUAGACCUGGCACACAGGACAGACACAGAGGGCAGAGGAAAAUAAACUACACAGAAGGAGACAAUGAAAGAAAACAGAAGAAUUUAGCUAUUUACAGACCUGCCUGUGCAGCUUCAGGUGCUGGUGGUGACAAAGUCCAGGGCUAUAAAUGGCAUUCUGAUUGUAGUGGCCAGGGGGAUGUGAGCUUUGGGAGUAAGUGUUGAGGGAGAGGGCACAUAGCAGUAGUUAAGUUGCUCUUUUAAAACUACUGGCUGCACUGAGCUACAGUGAGAAAUCACUCCACACACACCCAUCAGGAGCAGCUGGGUUCAUCUGGGAGUCCUGGGCACACACAGAGGUAACAGAGGCUCCAGUUCAGGUUUUAUUUGUAUUGUAGUACAAUAAGAGUGCAAUUUGAACGUACACAUAUUGAACAAAAUGUAAAAAAUAUUAUUUAUGCAAUGCUAUGGGAGGAAAUUAACAGAGCAAUGCAACUUACUUAAUACUGACCCUGUUUCACCUCAUAUUAUGGCAGGAACCAGUCACCUACACGAUCUGGAAGGGACACAGAGAGUGAAAACUUAAGAACUCCAGCUAAAGAAAAGCCAAGCAAAAUCUGUGGGAAGAUGUAACAUUCUCCCAGCUCUGUGCAGUGGGAAUGUUCUGUUUGUUCUCAGUUCCACAGCUGAGCAACUGCCCACUGCAGCACUAAACAGAGGGCUGCCAAAAACCUGAUCCAACUCUUCUCUCUCUUCUUGCAAAGUAAUUCUGGAGCAGUCCUCAGUAUACAGGCAGCUAGGCUUUCUCCCAUAUAAAGUGCAUCUGGUUUACAUCUUUCAUGUAAAUAUACCACGUGCAACGACUUUCCCUAUAACAAUCCUCCAAGAAAGGAGGUUGCCUCACCUCAGUACCUGCUGGUGACAUCUGCAGCCUGCUAAUGACCUGGUGAAUUGCAUGUAUUUUACACCUAGCAUGUGCCUGUGCACCACAAGCAUUUAAGUGUCCUUUUCCCUGUGCUUUGCCUUUCUCCAUAUGCCUUAUCCAUUUACAAAUCAAAGUUUUCAGCUAGAAAGUGGUGAGUAAAAUAAUUUUCCCACCCCUGGGAAAGCAAAUCUCUGUAGAAUAUGAAACCAGGGUAGCAGUCCUAGCUUGAGCACAGUUUUUCUCCAUUGUUGUUAACUAUGCUGAAGACUGGGAAGUGCAGACACAAUUGAAUGUAAUUUCUUUUCUGCUAAUUUCCUUGCCUCAAAUUACUCCUAUUUUCUUCCAUGUUCUGAUGGACUGUAGCAGACUCCAUGUAAAUGGCUGGGACUCUAUUGUGCAGCAUAAACAAAAAUUUUCUAUGAAGUCAAACUUUAUUUUUCAGUUGCAGCCUUCUCUAUACUGGUUUUUUGAUAAAAUACAUGAAAGAUGCUGGUGGCAAAACUCACGUAACAGUUUUGUAAUCGUGCAAAAGUAAAAACAUUCAGUUAUCAAAAAAGCAUUAUAAUUUCAACCCCAACAAGGUUUGUUUUGUUACAAGCAAACAGACAGUUUUAUUAUCUGUAAAGUAAUAUGCUGUAGCAUAAAGUGUCACAUAUGUAACAUUAUGUGUUUCAUUUUCAAACUAUGGCACAAAUACACAUUAGCCAUAACAGUCUCA